AUGUGCACUCACCGGGAUACAUGCGCCAAAUUGCUGACCACGGGGAGGGGUGGUCGUAGGGAUGCUAUUGUUCUUUUUCUCAACAAACCUGCGAUCAUAGGUCGUAACCCUUCUGCAUGCAUUCCAGCUGGAAAUGGCGGAAUCAUCCUCUCCUGCAAAGAUCUUUCUACUAAUGGUAUAAUACUCAAUGGGCGGCAUCGCCUUCGGAAGGCCAGCAUCAUCCUCAUGGAUGGAGAUACUCUCACCAUACCUCACUCACAAACGUUUACAUGUAUACAUAUGCGGAAGGGACAUCAAGAGAAGGCGCAUAUAUUCGACCCCACCCCCCGCCAAACUCCGUCCGUGAGGGAAAUCGGAGAUUACGCCGUAACUUCGCACUGUCUUGGAAGCGGUAGCUAUGCAACUGUCAAUCUCGCAAUUGACACGAACAAGUACCGUCAAGUAGCGUGUAAAACGAUCAGGACCAAGACAGAGGACGAUCUGAAGAAGGUGCAGAAGGAGGUGCAGAUCCUGAUGAAGUUGCACCACCCAAACGUCACAAAGAUCAGAGACGUGUCAAUCAAUGGCCGAUUUCUCCACAUCUUCCUAGAACUCUCAACCGGAGGUGAUCUGUUUACGUACAUCAGCUCGAACGUCAAUAGCAGUCGGCUCUGCGAAGGAGAGGCGAAGUACAUCAUGUAUCAACUAUUCCGUGGAUUGAAAUACAUUCAUGACAAACACAUAUCGCAUCGAGAUCUUAAGCCGGAAAACAUCUUGCUAUGUGAACCAGGUCCAUACCCACGCAUCCAGAUAGCCGAUUUUGGCUUGGCAAGAGCAAAUGCAUAUCAGGAGACCCUGCAUGUUGUUGGUACUGUCGCAUACCUACCACCAGAAGGUAUACUCGCUCUCGACGAUCUCUACCGUGGGUAUGUGGGGAUGCCGUCGGAUUGCUGGAGUGCAGGUGUUAUCAUGUUCAUCAUGUUAACGUAA